UCGGGGUUCAAGGCCUAGUGGCGGGAUGGCGGGGGCCUGGGGCGGGGCGUAGAGUGGAACUGCGCGCCAAGUGCGGAGCAGUUGAGGCGUAGACUGCGGGCGGCCAGUUCCGGGAGCGUUCCUUGCGCGCUGAGGAAAACAUAUCCGGACAGAACGGUAGCUCGGAGGACAGUCGGAGGUGUUUCCUGAUAAUGCUGCUGCUAAAUAUAGUCAAAGCAGUGGCCCGGUUCCCUUAGCAACCCGGUGCAGGCCUCGCGUCUGUGCCAGACCUGGAGUUUGACCCAGCGUCAUCCUCUGUGGGUAAAUAAGGGCCAGUCCCUUUCGGAAAGUCUCCACGUGAGGAGCGCAAGCUCAAGACUGAAAGUAGCAUGGAUCUGCCUGUGGAUGAAUGGAAAUCCUACCUACUUCGGAAGUGGUCUUUACUCCCAAAGUCGGCUCAGGUCACAAUUUCUACCGCAGAAACUUUGAGCGAAAUCUUUCUUCACUCUUCUUCGUUUCUUCGAUCUGAGGAUGAGAAGUUUUUAAAAAGACUUUCUCAAGGUUACUUGGUGGGAAAGGAUCCCAGCGCUCCCUGUUUCUACAGAGAAGAAGGAAACAAAAAAUUCCAGGAGAAGAAUUACAGUGGAGCUGCAGUGCUGUACUCUAAGGGAGUUUCACAUUCAAGGCCUAACACUGAGGACAUUUCACUGUGCUAUGCUAAUCGCUCUGCAGCCCUCUUCCGCCUGGGUCAGUAUGAAACCUGUCUCAACGAUAUCAUCAGAGCACUGACCUAUGGAUAUCCAGAAAGACUGCAACCCAAGCUGAUGUUGCGUAAGGCAGAAUGCCUGGUGACCCUGGGGAGAUGGAAGGAAGCAAGCCAAACCAUCAGUGAUCUAGAAAGUAAUUUCACUGCCAAACCAACCCCAGCAGCUUCUGCCUUUCAGAUUCUACCGAAAAACCUCUACUGUCUGAAAAUGAAGAUACAAGAAAAAGAGAACUUCCCAGAAACCUUCCCCACAGCUUUAGCCAAAGACUUUGAGGGUAUGGACCUAAGGGAAGAGAAUGAACAAAUUUCUAGUGCAUCAUCAUCUGUCUGCUUAUGCACAGACCCUUUAAAAGGCCGCUAUCUGAUUGCCACAAGAGACAUUAUCCCAGGAGAGCUCCUAGUGAAGGAGGAUGCUUUUGUGAGUGUCCUCAACCCAGGAGAAAUGCCACCACUGCCUCAGGGCUUAGAGAGCAGGUGGGAUACCAGAGUUACCAAUGGGGACCUCUACUGUCACAGAUGUUUGAAGCAUACUUUGGCCACGAUUCCCUGCCAUGGAUGUAGCUAUGCCAAGUAUUGUAGCCAGGAGUGUAUGCAGCAGGCCUGGGAGCUGUACCAUAGCAUAGAGUGUUCUCUAGGGGGGCUGCUGCUCACACUGGGGAUGUUUUGCCAUGUUGCCCUGAGGUCGACUCUUUUGGCUAGAUUCGAAGAUGUGGACAAAGUUGUAAGGAGGAUUUGUGAUGAGAUUAAUAACAAGGACAUAGGUUUACCUGAAAGCAAGACUCCGGUCAAGACAUUCAGCUGCAGCCAGGGAAAAAGAGAGGAAAUUGGCAAAAUAGUUGAAACCCAAAUUCCUGGAUGUAAUCUUAAUGGGAAGUAUGAAAAUAAUUAUAACGCUGUCUUCAGCCUUUUGCCCCAUACUGAAAACCAUAGCCCAGAGCAUAAAUUUCUGUGUGCUCUCAGUGUCUCUGCACUGUGUAGGCAACUGGAAGCAGCCAGCCUGCCUGCCCUCACCACGGGUCUGCGGGCAGCAGUGACUCCUGAAUGGUGUGCGGAUUUGAACAUUUGGGCAGUGGCCAUGCUGCGACACUUGUUACAGCUGCAGUGUAAUGCUCAGGCAAUAACUACCAUACAGCACACAGCAUCUAAAGAGAGCAUCAUUACUGACAGCGGGCAGGUCCGCCUUGCCACAGGCAUCUUCCCUGUUGUGAGCCUCCUGAACCACUCCUGCAGCCCCAAUACCAGCGUGUCUUUCAAUGGCACUGUCGCCACCGUUCGGGCAGCGCAGCCAAUUAGAAAAGGGCAGGAGAUUCUCCACUGCUAUGGGCCACAUGAGAGCCGGAUGAGUGUUGCUGAAAGGCAGCAGAAGCUGAGGUCUCAGUACUUCUUUGACUGUAGCUGUCCAGCUUGUCAUUGUGAGGAGCCCAGAACAGCUACAGGGCCCAGGUGGGAAGCAUUCCGCUGUAACAGUUGCAGAGCACUCAUGCAGGGGGACGAUGUCCUGAGCUGUGGGAAUGGAGCUUGUCCGGAAGCCGUCAGCAGGACCCACCUGGUCUCUCGGUUGCAGAACCUACAGCAGCAGGUUGGGAUGGCUUGGAAGCUUCUCAGAAAUGGCAAGCUCGAGCAAGCCAUUCUGUGGUUGUUAAGGUGCCGGGAAGAUGCUGAGAGCUUCCUGUCAGCAGAGCAUGCUGUGGUAGGGGAAAUUGAGGAUGACCUGGCCCGGGCCUAUGCUGCCCUAGGGGAUUGGCAAAAAUCAGCUACCCAUCUACAGAAGAGUCUCCAAGUGGUUGAGGCUCGCCACGGGCCGUCCAGUGUUGAAACAGGCCAUGAGCUCUUCAAACUAGCCCAAGUCUUGUUCAACGGGUUUGCGGUACCCGAAGCUCUGAAUGCCAUACAGAGGGCAGAAGAGGUCCUGUUGGUGCACGGUGGCCCUCAGAGCGGUGAGAUCCAGGAGCUCCAGAAGAUGAGGUCCUGUUUACUGGACUUGCCACCCAUCCCCAAGGGGGCCCAAGGGAUUCUAGCCCAUGGAAAGGAGACAUGACAGAUGGUUAAAGAGGUCCUGUUGCUACUGAGCUGUCAUCAGAAAAGACAGGACUUGUCCAAAGGUCCCAGCCCUAGGGUAUAAGCAGGAAGGACUCAGAAAAUACCACAAUUGGAAAGAGACACACACUUACUUUGAUGGAUAUUUCUUGAACUAGUUAAUUCCCCUCCAAUAAAAACUCCCAGUUCCCAGAAAGACUGACAACUAGUAUCUGGAGAGUUCAGGUCUUUUAAAGGGAUUGUAGCUGAUCUGUAGGCAUCUGUAUGUUAGCGGGGUUUUGGCCGGAUUCCAUCUCGCUAAGCAAUGUGAGUUUGUCUCCCUGGAACAUUCCUAUGGUUUCACAUAGUAAUGAAAUGUUUCGUACCACUCCA